GGAAGGCCCCUGCAGAUGGGACUAUGCCUCUGCUCCUGGUCCACCCCAACCUACCCUCCAGGAUGCCAUGCUUUGGGGUGUCAAGUGACAUCACAUUCUCCGGUCUCCACGGGGCAAGACAGAGAAGCUUCCCUACCCUUCACCCAGCCGGGGCCCCCCUCCUCUUACCUGGAGCUGCCCAGCUUUCUGGCUCGAGUGAGACUGUUCGCUGGCCCUCUGGCCCGGCGGGAAGUAGCAAGGGAGCCAGGGAUGGGCUCCCCCUUCGCUGUACGAUCCCUGUUCCUGCCUCUGGCCCUGCUGCUCCAGCCCGUCGGGUCCCAGGCGCAGCUGAGAUUCCGGAUGAAUCCCCUGGAAAAGCGGGACGUCCGGCCAUCUGAGAAGGUGCAGCUGCAGUGCGAGACGCUGGGCACUUCGCUCACGGGAUGCUCGUGGCUCCGCCUGGCCCCCGGAGCCCUGGUCCCCACCUUUCUACUCUUCAUCUCGGGCAGCACCCCAAGCGUGAAGCUGGCGGACGGCCUGGACCCCAAACGAUUCCGUGGUGAAAGGACCUCGCCGUCGAUGUACCGCCUGACCCUGAAUAACUUCAGAGCCGAGGACCAGGGCCACUACUACUGCGUGGUCACCCGCAACUCGGCGAUGUCUUUCAGCCCCUUCGUGCCUGUUUUCCUGCCAGUAAAGGCUACCACCACCCCUGCACCCAAGCCCAAGACCACCACUCUCCCGGCCACCACCAGCUCUUUCAAACAGAUUCCGGCAAGUUCUGACAAUUGCAAGACCAACCCCCGCCCCCAAGAAAAGAAGGGAUUGGAUUUCUCCUGUGACCUGUACAUCUGGAUGCCCCUGGCUGGUGUCUGUGUUGUCUUGCUUCUGACCCUGAUCACUACCAUUAUCAUCUGCCAGAGGUCACGAAGGCGAGUCUGCAGGUGUCCGAGGCCCUUGAUCAGACCAGGAGGAAAGGCUGGCCCAUCAGAGAGAUAUAUUUAACCCAGCUCAUGGACAUGCAGCAGCAACAAAUAUGUCUACUACAAGACUGCUAACUGAGAUAUUUCCCUGUAUAAAUUAGCAACCAUUUCCCCCUUCUAUUUCUUCUUUCUUUCCUCUUUUUUUUGAGGGGGGAGACAGGGUGAGGGUAGGGGUGGGGAAUAGGCGUGUCGGGGGGGUGUUCGUUUUCUCUGUUUAUUUUGAGUAUUGCAAGAACAAGGAACUUUGUGUCAGGGCUUCAGUCAGGAGGGUGCUGUGAGGGUGCAAGGACUGGGCACAAAAUGGCGGCUGUGCCCAUCUCCUAGUCAUGGAAUCCUGGGGCUGGGAGGAAGCCUUAGAGAUGGACUCCUCCGGGGGGGGGUACUAGAGCCAGCUCACAUCGGCUCGCAGAAGGCCAGUUGUAAAAUUCUCAGUGUGAGCAAUCACAUCUUGGAAAUCAGGGGGGGAAAAACACGCUACAAAUCGAGUCUUGAUUUAUUGUUUUGCUGAUUGUCUAGUCUUAAGAAAGUGGUAAGAGAAAAUGAUGGCAAUACAAAUCAAACUUAAAAGUA